GGUUCUCUAAUUUUCAUAGCCUUAAAAUCUGAAGCAAUUGCAAGCACUCGAUACAGUAACCAGAAUGCCAAUCACAAGGAUAGCAAUAGGACUACCACAGCAUGAUAUCCUGCAAUCAGAUGCACUUAAGGCUGCACUGGCUGAGUUCAUCAGUACAGCGAUUUUUGUUUUUGCCGGGGAAGGGUCAAGUAUGGCCUUCAGCAAGCUUACUGACGAUGGAUCAAGCACCCCAGCUGCUAUCAUUAUGGCAUCACUAGCGCACGCAUUUGGUCUUUUUGUUGGGGUUUCCACCGCAGCCAACAUAUCCGGGGGCCAUUGCAAUCCUGCUGUUACCUUUGGCGCAUUCCUUGGUGGCAACAUCUCUCUUCUCCGUGGCAUUCUCUAUUGGAUUGCUCAGCUUCUUGGCUCCACCGUUGCCUGCCUUCUACUUAAAUUUUCUACUCACGGCAUGACAACAUCAGCAUUUGCUUUAUCCUCUGGAGUGAACGUGUGGAAUGCAUUUGUCUUCGAGAUUGUAAUGACCUUUGGCCUAGUUUAUACUGUAUACGCAACAGCCAUUGAUCCUAAAAAGAGUGAGGUGGGGAUAAUUGCACCUCUAGCCAUUGGUUUUGUCGUUGGAGCUAACAUUUUAGCUGGUGGAGCCUUUGAAGGUGCAUCAAUGAACCCGGCUGUGUCAUUCGGUCCGGCUUUGGUUAGCUGGGACUGGACUAACCAUUGGGUUUAUUGGGCUGGACCAUUGAUCGGAGGCGGGCUCGCCGGAAUCGUUUACGACCUGUUCUUCAUCACCUACAGUCAUGAACCGGUUCCUAGUUCAGAACUCUAAGGAAAAAUAUUGGAACAAAAAUGUUUGGCAUCCACGAAUCUUCCAUUAUUUUAAUAUGUAGUUGUUCCAGGUUCCUUUCUUGUAUUGAAUUGCUGUCCAUCCUGUUUACAGUUGGAUAUUGUUAUAUUUCAUGGCCAUUCUUAAGAGGUUAAGCCUGUCAAUGUGUGGAGUGUUUAAUUCCCAUUUUUAUGGGUUUUGGAUGCUCUUAAUUAUGUCAAGUGCUUUGUUCCUACAACUUUUGUUAUUACAAUUCUGAGUGAAUCUUUCAUUUUUUUUC